AAGAGAUAAGGCGAGAGACUUGAGACAAAGAAGUCAUCCCUAUGUUUCGCAACCUGGCAAAAAAUUCUGUGCAAUUUGAUGACAACCACAACUGCAACCUUGCCUUGUUCCAUAAUUUCAAAUUUUAGUUUUUUCUCCAUCAAUUCUUCACCAUUUCAUCGAUGGAACCAAGUCCGCAAUUCCAUUGGCUCAACCUGAUUGCCACUCUUCUGGGCGGUGUCAUUGCCAUCAAUUUCUUACGUUUUCUACACAAAACAUUCACCGCUGCCGCCGCGUCAAAGGGUCUAAAGCCGCCCUCAGUCCCCGGCGGGUGGCCUCUGAUUGGGCACCUCCCUCUCCUCGGAGGGCCUCAACUGCCACAUGUAAAGCUCGGUGCUUUGGCUGAUGAAUACGGUCCAAUCUUCUCCAUCCAAUUGGGUAUCCACCAAGCCGUCGUGAUAAACAGCUGGGAGGCGGCGAAACAGUGCUUCACCACCCAUGACGUCGCCGUCUCCUUCCGCCCCAAAAUUCUCGCCGCUCAAAUCUUGGGCUACAACUAUGCCGUGUUUGCUUUCGGACCCUACGACUCAUACUGGCGCAAAAUGCGUAAAACAACCACUCUCCACCUUCUCUCCAGUCGCAGACUCGAGCUUUUGAGAGACGUUCGAGAGUCGGAAGUGAACCAAGCCAUAAAAGAGCUAUAUCAAAUUUGGAAAGAAAGAAGAGACAAGCAAGGCCAGGGUUUGGUGGAAAUGAAGCAGUGGGUCGGGGACUUGACUAUGAACCUCAUUCUCGGGGUCGUGGCUGGUAAAAGGUACUUUGGGCCUACAGCAAUGGUAGAAGAGGCAGAGGCGCGGGCGUGCCAAAAAGCAAUGAAGGAGUUCUUACGCUUAAUGGGACUUUUUAUACUGGGUGAUGCUGUUCCGUAUUUAGGAUGGUUGGAUGUUGGCGGCCAUGUGAAGGCCAUGAAGAGAACUUCUAAAGAGUUGGACCAUAUCUUGACACAGUGGUUGGAGGAGCACAAGAAGAAGAGAGCUUCCGGCAAAUCCAAAGAAGAUAAAGACUUCAUGGAUGUCAUGCUUUCAACUCUCGAGGAAACCCCCGAUAAUGUUGUUGCUUCAGAUUCGAUUCAUAGCUUCGAUGUCGAUACCAUUAUCAAGGCUACAUGUUUGACCAUGGUUUUGGGAGGGAGUGAUACAACAACUGUGGUUGUGACGUGGGCGCUCUCAUUGCUGCUGAACAAUCACCCUGCACUGAUAAAAGUGCAAGAAGAAGUCGAUGCCCACAUCGGCCGAGAUAGAGAGUUGAAGGAAUCGGACAUGAGUGAGCUAGUAUAUUUGCAGGCCGUAGUGAAGGAGACGAUGCGAUUGUAUGGAGCAGGAGGCCUUAUCCUUCGAGAAACCUCAGAGGAUUUCGCCAUCGACGGGUUCCAUAUCGAGAAGGGGACAAGACUGUUCAUAAACCAGUGGAAGAUCCACAGAGAUGGCAGGGUGUGGGGAGAGCCACUAGAGUUCAAACCAGAAAGGUUUCUAACGACCCACAGAGAUUUUGAUGUGAAUGGACAGCAGUUUGAGUUGAUCCCUUUCGGGGGAGGAAGAAGAGCAUGCCCUGGAUUGUCUUUUGGACUCCAAAUGGUACAACUUAUUUUAGGUGCACUGCUUCAUGCUUUUGACAUAUCGAGUGGAGGACGCUGCCGUGGAUAUGACCGGAUCAAUUGGAUUGCUGAACGUGAAAGCCACUCCAUUGGAAGUGUUUCUCAAACCACGCUUACCUCCUGCACUCUAUGAUUGACGUUCUACAAUGGUCUAAUCACCAAUCCCUGUAGUGCUUCAAUAUCUGUGUAAGGUUUGGGUUCUAUUUGAAAAUAACUAAGUAAAUGAUAGGUUAAAUUAUGUAGAAUGCCCCUAAAAUUUGAGAGUAUGUUUCAAUUA